AGUUCCUGUAGCAUUCUUCGCACUUUGUCGUGAUGAAAGGUUAAAUGUAAGUGUACGAGGAAGAUUUUAUCUCCUUCCUCGGAACAGUAAGACACGGAACUUAUUAACAUAACAGGAGUGUACAACACCAUGCUUCACGGACGUAGUGACCACGUAGCAGUUGUCUGACAAACACUGGAAACACACUGAAUCGAGAAGCACACAGAAGACAUCGAGACCUUAUGUUACUAUUCGCCUUCUGUCUUCUCUAUCAUCUAUUUCUUACAGGAAGUAACUGUGACCAACAAAGUGUUUAUGACUUGAAAUGAUAGCAACUGUCAGUUGGAACGUCCAAAACAGCAUGGUUCUAAGAUUCUUCCCCAUCUUUUUGGCCUCUUGUCUGCAGUUAUCAGGUUCUCUGGUCUUGUACAUUCAAGGAAAUGAAACCAGUUUUGACUUCCGUCUUGGAGUUACAUCAGAAAUCAAGUUCUACGUUAACGACGAAAAUCACGAUGGCAAAGAAGUUCGCAUUAGUGUCUCUCACCGACCCGAGGACACAAAGACAUCGCACAUGAAAUGCAUCCUGACCCAGUCAGCAACAGGCUGUAAUACAACUAGCGACAUCUGCAUCUGUCCUGAACACAACUCAUCGAGAAAUGUCUUCAGUUUAAAGAAAACUUUUCUACAGACCGAUACUGGGGUGUGGAGGUUCCAGAGCUUUUCACAUUGCAAUGAGUCCAAGAUAGUCAAGGUUAAAGUUCACGGUGCGUCCUUUAUUAUUUAAUGCCGAAAUGUUUGAAGACAUUAUGGUGUCGGCUCAGGUACUUAAAAUAAUGUUACAGUG